AGGGUAACAUAGUUACCACCACAAUUGUCCACGCAUAAUAUGCAUUAAAAAGUAUGAAACAACAUCCGUUGAUGAAUUCUUUUUAGGACUCUGAGGAGUUUUCUGUACUAAAGAAUUUGUUUAAUGAUUCUCAUUCCAUUACAGCUUGUUAAAAAACCCAUCGAAACGAAUGAACUCGUUUUCUUGUUCUGCUUCUCUUAACGUACCUCCCCUGUCUACAGACGCGUAGUCCCUUGCUCCUUCUCCAAAACGCAGAAACAGUAAAACAUGGCUGCGGCUUCAUCUACCGUUUCUUCUAAGCAGGCUCAGGCCUCUGAAGAGGGAAUCGUUCAGGAAAAAUGCAUAAAUGAAGAAUAUAAAAUAUGGAAGAAAAACUCUCCUUUUUUGUACGAUUUGAUUAUAACCAGAGCCUUGGAAUGGCCAUGCAUGUCUUUGGAAUGGUGUUACGGACAAGAAGUGUUCGCUGAAAAAGGUUAUUCACAACAAGAAAUGCUGUUAGCCGCUCGUGCUAGCCAAAACAAAUAUGUUUUGGCGAAGGCUUCAGUUCAGCUUCCCUACUUGAGUCCUGUAGUGAAAGCUUCUGCCGUUGCAGAAGAAGCAAAAGAAAACAGUCCUUCUAUGCGUGUAAAGAUAAACAAGGUGUACGGUCACACAGAUUCUCUGUUAUGUGCCCGAAUGAUGCCUCAGGAUCCAUCCUGUGUACUCACGAUUGGAACCCGUCAUAACGAUAUUCUCUUAUUUGAUAAAAGUUCAUUCGAGGCCUGCGAAAGUUCAAAAAAUGGAAACUUGGUUGCCAAACACCGGUUUAAAAAGCAUACUCAACCCUGCAGCUCCGUUUGCUGGAACAACGUUGUAAAGCAUCAAUUUGUGUCUGGUUCAAAAGAUACUACUGUCUGUUCUUGGGACAUAAAUGCAAUUUCCUCAGAGCCGGAGUCUGGUUUGAUACACUGUCAUACAACACAUGAAAAGGCUGUUACAGAUGUCAAAUUUCAUCCCCUCCAUGGCAGUCUCAUCGGCUCCGUUUCUCAGGACCAAUUCCUUCAUAUUCACGAUAUUCGUCGUCCCGACUCUUCCAAGCCUUUAAGAAGUGUCCGUGCGCACAACGAUUCUGUAAACAGUCUCUCGUUUAAUCCUUUAAAUGAGUUUGUUAUUGCUACUGCUUCUUCCGAUAAAACAAUUGCUCUGUGGGAUCUGCGGAACCUCAACCAUCGCCUCUAUACCCUGGAAGGGCAUGAAGACAGUGUACUUAAAGUUGCCUUUUCCCCUCAUGAAGAACCCGUUCUCGCUUCCAUUUCGGCGGACCGUCGAACACUUUUGUGGGAUCUCUCCCGAAUUGGCGAAGAGCAGCCUUCUGAUGAGGUGCAGGAUGGUGCACCGGAGUUACUCUUUAUGCAUGGUGGACACACCUCAUGUGCCAUUGAUAUGGGAUGGUGCCCAAAUUACAACUGGACCCUUGCUACGGCUGCUGAAGAUAACAUUCUUCAAAUAUGGACUCCCUCUCGUUCCAUUUGGGGUAAUGAGCUAAUGGAGGAAGAAACUAAGACGGAGUAAGGUUAGGAUUAUAUUAACGAGUGUAAUGCAUAUUCCAAACAAUGGGUAAUGCUGCACAAGCUCCUUUAUAAACGUAAAGGGAGAAGACGUCUGACAUGGGGCUCUUUUUCAAGAAAAAUUUAGUACACGUCCUGUAUAAUGUACAAAAUGAAUGCCGAACUUAUGGAGCAAAGAAGAAGUAACAAGCGGGUCGUGAACUGUAACGUCACACAAGAGAGAGCUUGCGUAAAGAUAGAGGAUGGCGUGCCGAAACAUAACAAUAUGCAAGGAAGAAAUAUUAACGUAACAACACUAAGGAAUAGAACUGAAUGGAUUAGUCAGAAAUCAGAAUCAGCACUCGUCAUACCAUUUUGAGAAGCGCGUUGGCGAAAGACCGUAAAUUUGUUUACCGCAAAUGCUGCACCAAUAUAGUGAAAUAGGGAAAGAAAAAACAUCGCUGUCGUCAGUGCAUUCUGCGUGUUUGAAGUCUCUGGAACCGACUGUGGUAAUUUCGGUUCCAAAGAGAGAACGAGAUUAAGAGUUAUGAUGUUUGCUAAGAAAGCGCUUAAUGACUGUGUCGCUAUUGUUUUGAGAAACUUUACAGUGAACAAUCUGUCCGGAGGUUGACACUUACUUAGUUGUUUUGUCGGGUGAAAUGAACUUAUUGUUGCAGACAAUGGAUAUAUCACAAAUAAAUCCAUCGUUAAAAACUUCCUUAGUUAGUACAUUAUUUAAAAUAAGCUCAAAAAUCAUACCUGACCGUCAGAGAAAUUGAAGUUAUAAACGUAUAAGCACAAAACACCUAUGAAUUGAAGAAUGGCGCUUAAGAUAACAAACUGAAAGCAUGAGUAUCCGGUAACAGUUGCGCACCGUCCUUCAAUAAUAACUUCAAUCAUAUCCUUCAAACGAAGAUGCUCACUAAUGAAUGUGGCUGCAGCACAAGUAUCCAAAACUGAAAGGGAUAAUCCGGCAUCUGACUUUUGUAGGGCCAAACAGUCGUUGGCACCAUCUCCACAAAAGGCAACUUUUAAGCCAAAAUUUUGGUACGAAGAAACAAGCAAUUCUUUAUCGGAUGGUGACAUUCUACCAAAGACCUUGCAUCGUUGAAGGACUCGUUGAAGCUCAUGGGCCGGAAGCAAGUUGAUUAAAUAUCGAAGAUCAGAACCUGUCAUGACGACAGCAAUAGAAGAGGAAUGUAUGGUAUCUUGUUCUUGAAACUGCUCCACUAAUGACUCGGUCGGUAAGUCAUUGUCUUCGGUUGUGUGUCGUAACCAUCGUAAUGUGUUUUGAUUAAUGGAAGGUGUAUAAAUAACUUUGUUUUCAUCAAAAAAACCGAUGUCUGCUGCAACAGCUUUAGAAGUCAGCAAACUAUCUCCAGAAGCCAUAUACACUUCAAUCCCAUUGUUAAGAAGACUUUUUACAACAGACUUUGCGGUAGGUUUUAAUUGAGAACGAAACACAUAAAGUCCUCCAAAAGUGAGAUUCGAUUCAACGCCUGAACGAUUCCACUGUUUGCAAUUGUAGUAAGCAAAGUCUAAUUGUUUGGAAGCGAAAGCCAAUACCCGUAAUCCCUUCGAUUCAAGAGCAUUUAAUGAGUUCAUUAAAGAAUCUGGGACUGUUUCCUGGCUACAGAUAUUAACAAUUGCCUCAACGGCACCUUUAGCAUAAACUUCGACACAAUCAAGAAAACUUGCAUGUGCGAUAACGCUCAUUCUUCGAAGCUGAGGUGAAAAUUCGAAUGUCUUUAAUAUAGACACUUUAGGAUCAAUGCUGGAGGAAAACCUGUUUUGAAGAAGAGCUGAAGUAAUCUCAACAUUUGGGCCAUCAUUGUCUAAAAUCCCGUUGAAACCAUUAAACAAUGCACUUUCUAAGGGAUCACCAACAAGUUCAUUGUUCUCGCGACUUAAAGAAUGACAAGCAAUGGCUAUUUUUAAGGCUGUUAAAACGGCGUCCGUCUUUAAAUCUUCUAGUGAUGUGGAAAUAAGUGUUGAGUCUUUAGAACUUAUGAAGAGACUCUCAAACGUUAAAGUAUCAUCCGUGAGUGUUCCUGUCUUAUCAAAGCCAACAACAGAUAUAGACCCUGCGUUGGGAAACUUUUUGGGAUCCGUUACUGUAAUUUUCUUCUUGGACAAACGACGUGAGGCGUUUGCUAAACCCAUGUUUAGAGACAUUGGCAAAGCGGGUGGUACAAUGAUAGUGAUUAAGUCAAGAGCACGGAGAAGAAUUAGCCGCAAUUCAUAACCUCGAGAAUGCAUUAUAGACAUCGUUACCAGAAACAUCACAGCAGCAAAUAUGAUCAUCGCUUUCAAAAAGGCGUAAGAGUCACGUUGAAGACUCGAUGUUUUGACCCUUCCAUAGAGCAUGGAUAAUAGUAGUUUUCCCUUGCGUGUUACAAAUCCGGUACGGAUUACAAUAGCAAGAGCGAAUGGCUCUGUAUUUGGAUUUGCGUUGGACGUUUUCAGUAAUAAUGUUCCGGAGUGUACUGCAUGUGCAGAUAAAACAUCAGAGGAGGCAUCCUCCCAAGCAUCUUCGAAUGAAGGGUCUUGCUGGGAAACGACAGGAAGUUUGUUCACUGGUACUGAUUCGCCGGUCAAAAAGCUGUCAUUCAACAAGCAUGUUCCAGAGAUAAGUAUUCCAUCAAAAUUAAUUUUACAGGAACCCUGCAAUACUACUAAGUCGCCAAUAACCAAAUCCUCGUGUUGAAUAUAACACAACUGUCCAUCGCGAAUUACUCGAACUGAUUGGCUCGGACCAACAAGACGAGCAAUGUGUUCUUCACUUGCUCGAUUGUCAAGAGCAAAGAGUACUACGCUGUAGGCCGUAAGGAUGAAUACGCAAGAUGCGUAGAGGACAUAGUGAUCCAGUAGCCACAAGCAAACGGAGAAAAUCUCGAAGAAAUAAACUGGGUGACACACCUAACGUUGUUAAUAAACCAUGAACGUGUCAUACUGCUUACCUCUUUGGUAAUUAAGCUCAAGAAACUUGAAGCUUUGAAACGAGUAACAUUCGUUUGACAAAUUUGACUGAGCGAAUUCGCAGCACAGGUCGACAAUCCAUUUGCAACAUAAUUUUUGCUAGUAGAAAAGAUGUGGUAUGCAAUCUUUUCGUACAUUGCUUCCUGCCAAUCGAGCGUUUUAGGAUUCAAAUAGAAAACCUGCCGCUUGUACUCAAAAUACUUCACUGUUGAAUUACUCGGAAAAGUAAGAAUUCCAUCAGAAAAAGUGAAUUGAGGUGUUACCGAUAUGACUGGCUGAAUUAUUGUGCACUUUUCUGUCAUUGAGUAGAUGGCAACAAAUUUCGCUGAACUAAAAGUGCAUUUAGCGCCUAAUGCUUUUAAAUACAGUGAAGGCUUCCAUUUAGUAAGCACAUAGCUGAAACCAAGUGUGCAAAAAUUUAAAAUUUCUAACCAGUUUUUCGAUUUUUCAUUUAACUGAAAAGUAUCAACAAGCACAGUGUCUCCAAUCGUUUCUAGACUUAACCGUUGUUGACGAAUGACAUUAUUCGUGGUAGGACUGUAUAUCUCAUCGAUGUCCUCAAGCUCAAUGGUAGCAUAAGGCUUUUGAAUGGAUCUGAAAAGCAUUCCAAAAUGCUAAAGGCCGAAAAACAGCCACAGAGUAGCUGUCCGUACUUUUAAAACGAUGACCUGGUAAAGAGAUAUUCUUAAGUUUCUGUAUUUAUAAACGACGUUGUCAGACCAACUUCUCCCUAUGCUUGGUUUGCCAAACGUUUCAGCAACCGUCUUCAGCACUUUGC